AUGUUCGGCUCUUUCUGUGGCCCUUGUGCUUCCCACAGUGAUGUGAGCGGCAACAGCCUUGAUGUGAGCGGCAACAGCCUGUAUGGGCGCAUCAACCGCGAUUUCAAGCACAUGGUGGCGAACAGCGGCGCCCUCGUCAACCUGGCUCGCAACUUCUUCUUUGGGGAAGCCGUGCUCUUUGCUGCUGGCUGCAAGGUCUGCCCCACCGAGGUCAGCGAGCCCAACAGCCUCGGCCUCAAAGACACCUCCAACUGGCGAGUCUCUGACGGCAAUUGCAACAAUGCACUACCCUCUUACCUACUACAAGACUACGCCGUGACAGGGGCCGGGCUGAAGCUGAGGGUGAGUCUGUCGGGCAACUGCCUGACGCUCAGCCCAAGCACGGAGUGCUCGGUCAACGCCACCCAGCGCAGCACGGCAGCCUGCCAGGCGUUCUGCAGCAUCACGGACAACGGCCCGUGUGACGGCCAUGGGGUGUGUGUGCCGGCUGACCCCACCUCUGCAGCAGCAUCACGGACAGCCUCCCCCUCCAACUUCACGUGCCUCUGCGAUGCCGGCUACUCCACUCUCGACUCAGGCAACGGCUCCACAUGCGCCAUUGUCAACUCCACCACCACCACUGAGAAGUGGGAGGGGUUGGAUGUGUGUGAGCAGUUCUCGCUGCAGCAGAUGCUAAAGGCCACCAACAACUGGUCGGAGGACAAUGUGCUGGGCAAGGGAGGCUUCGGCAUUGUCUACAAAGGCCGCUCGUCACAUGGCCAGCUGUGGGCCAUCAAGCGCUCCACCAUCAUGACCAACGACUUUGAAACGGAGGUGCGAACCAUGGCGUCUCUCCACCACACACACCUCGUGCGCCUGCUGGGCUUCUGCCUGGACCAGAACGUGGAGACGGGCAAGCAGGAGCAGAUUCUGGUGUACGAGUUUAUAGGCAACCGGGACCUAGAGUGCCAUAUCCAUGCAACCAAGCGUCCGCUGUCGCUGCGCCAGAGGUUGCGCCUAGCACAGGGAGCAGCAGAGGGCCUGGCGUACCUGCAUGGGUUUGACACACCCAUCGUUCACCGCGACAUCAAGCCGGCCAACAUCCUUGUGUCUGCCGACAUGCAAGCCAAGGUGGCUGACUUUGGGCUGCUCAAACGCCUCACUCACGGCGAUGCUGAUGCCACGCGAGUGGCCGGCACUCCGGGAUAUGUGGAUCCGGAUUACAACCGCACCAACGUCAUCACAGCCAAGAGUGACGUGUUCAGGUGA